AUGCUAAAAUCAGCCUUCAACAGUAUAGCUAGAGAUUUCCCUCAUUUGGAGCAGAUUUUCACAACUUUCUAUACUUCGUAUCAGCUCUGCUCAAUACUCGUGACAUAUUCUCUGUUCUGUUGCAACCAUCAAAGUGAGGCAGACUUUCGCAGCCGUCUAUACCUUGUAUCAGCUCUGCUCAAUACUCGUGACAUACACCCUUCUUUGGCAACGACAACAUUUCCCAGGAAGAAGCGGUAA